AUGAGUGGCCCUCGUCCCAAGUUGACUCGACGGAGAGGUGCAUGUGACGAGUGCCGUCUGAAAAAGCGGAACGAAUCUCUUUGCGAAUACAACAUACAUCGCUCACGACGUCCUAUGCAAGAGAAGAGUAUCCAGAGCCGAGGCGAGCACAUAUCCACACCGACACAGACAUACGCUGUAAACGGCAGCAUGAUACCUGAUUCAUCGUACCUAGAUCACUCUUAUGGGGUUGGGGUUGGUCGGGAUGCUGAGGGCUCAGCAAAUGCUUUGAACACGCCGUUUAGCGAGGUGUGUUUCUCGCAACUGGUGUCCGAUAGCGCGCGCUCGUAUCUGGAUCUUGAUUUCGCAGACGAAACGGCAUCGGGCACCAGUCAAGCCAAGAACACAGAGCCGGAUUAUCAAGCCAGCGGUCUACAGAAUCAAAUGUCGUGCAAUAGCUCCAUAAACAACACAACCAUGCUGGAUUGGCUGGAAUUGGGCUACGACGAAAACCUGCGUCAGCAUAGUACCGCUCAGCCCUGUGGCUUGCUAGGAACUGAGGUAGAUAGCGGCAGCGCUAAGUGUACACUAUCGCUGCUCUCGGAACGAAUGGUAGCCGAUAAAGCAGAGACAAAGCCAUUCCUAAACCGUAGAACGUGCGACCUCACUGUCCUUUUCAAAAACGGAUAUCGAGGAAGCCGUAAACAACAGGCAGUAUGGGGGAAGGUUGAAGUAUUACUGUCGUCAAAUCAUCAGGCUUGUAUCUCUGACCUCUUGCGCAAGAUUGACUCUGGUGGAGAACACCAGAGCUUAGACCUCACCAGUCUCCCUGUAGAGAAGCUUGUUCAGAGGGCGUUCAGAGAGCUAGGAGGCUUGAAUCUGUUCAUCAAAGAACAAGACGUUACGCACAUACAAGAGCGGUUUUUUGACCCGGAAAAGCUACCUAUAGAUGUCAGCGAUAUGUCUUUGCUAAUCACGUCAUUGGCUUGGGGGGCUUUGUUAGACCCCGAACUUCAACGUUGCUACUUCGCCAGCAUGGUAGUGUCCCUCUGUCUUGCCGAAAAAACAGGAUCCAGCAAUCUGCCUGCGCUUAUACUUGGCAGCAUUACGACUGCGGCCUCGUUGAGUCUUCAUCUGGAACUUGUCCUACGCAGGUUCUGUGUUAGCGACGAGCAAGCCAUUCAGGCCGAACGAGCCAUGUGGGUGCUCUAUUGCAUUGAUAAGUCCUAUGCAUUGAGAUGGCAAACCUUCUCCCUAGUCGGUGACGGCUCCCUUCCGACUCUGGACAAGCCCAAUAACACACUGCAGAGUGACAUUCUAACCGCAUCAUCCUUACAGCUGUUAUGGAACCGACUCAAAUACUCCAGGAUCUGCUCCAGAAUUUUGCAGCUCCGUGUAGGGGCGGAAGGAGAGUCAUCCGAAGAUCGCCUUGAUAGAGCCGUGGUGCUAUCAACAGCGCUAGAAGAAUGGUACAAGUCAGUUGAAACAAGCCAGAUGAUGCUCUCACUAGACCAUAGUGAUAUUACGCCCGUUAAGCUCCGAAUAUCCUCUCAGUAUUAUGAGGCUCGGUUCCAGUUGACAAGUAUAAGCCUACCAGACCCACACACUUCUUUUCCUGUAGGGUCUAAGGAGCGUAGGAAAUUGCUUAAACCGUCAAUCAGGGAGAUAAUCAUGUUGUCUAGCACAAUACCGUCCGAACACCUACUCCAAGACUACAAUUGUUUGUUCAUCAACACGCUUGCUUUGUGCUUUCUUGCACUAGACGUUCUCUCAGAAUCAGGCCCGGACUGUGAGAGGGAGAAUCAAGCUUUACUUAGCAUUGUUGUCGGAUUUUUCGCUAGGAUGAGUAUCGCAUUGCCGCAAAGCGCUGUCUUUGAGGAAGUAUCUAGUUUAGUCGAGAUUCUUGCAUACCGCUGA